AUGGCCGCCGCCGCCGCUCCCUCCCACCAUACCUCCCUCCACAUUGCCAUGUACCCUUGGUUUGCCCUUGGCCAUCUCACUCCAUUUCUCCAUCUCUCCAACAAACUAGCCAAAAAAGGCCACAAAAUCUCCUUCUUCAUCCCCACCAAAACCCUUUCCAAAUUUGAGCCCUUAAAUCUCUUCCCUAAUCUCAUCACCUUCAUUCCUAUCACCCUUCCUCAUGUCCAUGGCCUCCCACAUGGGGCAGAGACCACUUGUGAUGUCCCUUACCCUCUCCACAACCUCAUAAUGACAUCCAUGGAUCUCACUCAACCUCAAAUCACUAUCCUUCUUCAAACCCUAAAGCCCCAUGUCAUUCUCUUUGAUUUCACUCAUUGGUUGCCAAAAUUGGCUAGUCAAUUGGGUAUCAAAUCGAUCCAUUAUUGUGUCACUAGUGCAGCCAUGAUUGCUUAUACUCUAACCCCUUCAAGGAAAUUUUCUAAAAAUGAUUUAAGUGAGGAAGAUCUCAUGAAACCCCCAUCUGGUUACCCUAGUUCCACCAUCAAUAUUCAUCUCCAUGAAGCAAGAGCUUUUGCAUCAAGAAGAAAGUGGAAGUUUGGGAGUGAUGUAUUUUUCUAUGAUCGUCAGUUCAUUAGUUUUAGUGAAUGUGAUGCAAUAGGGUUUAGGACAUGUCAUGAGAUUGAGGGAGAUUUUGUGACUUAUCUUCAAAAUGAGUUCAAAAAACCUGUUUUCCUUACAGGGUCGGUUUUGCCCGAACCACCAAACACGCCUCUGGAGGAGAAAUGGGAAAGUUGGCUUUCUGGGUUUAAGAAGGGUUCGGUGGUAUAUUGUGCAUUUGGGAGCGAGUGUACGUUACAAAUGGAGCAAUUUCAAGAACUUUUGUUGGGGUUUGAGCUUUUGAACAUGCCCUUCCUCGCCGCACUCAAACCACCAUUCGGGGCGGAGACAAUUGAAGCUGCAUUGCCGGAGGAGUUCACGAAGAGAGUUGGAGUACAAGGGGUGGUCUUCGGGGGAUGGAUUCAACAAGAGAGGAUUUUGGAGCAUCCAUCUGUGGGAUGCUUUGUUACUCACUGUGGGUCUAAUUCUUUGAAGGAAGCAUUGGUGAAUAAAUGUCAAUUGGUGUUGCUGCCUCAAGUUGGGGAUCAAAUUAUAAAUGCAAGGAUGAUGGGAAACAAUCUUAGGGUUGGAGUGGAUGUAGAGAAAAGGGAAGAGGAUGGAUGGUUUACAAAGGAAAGUGUAUGUAAAGCUGUGAAGAUUGUGAUGGAUGAAGAGAAUGAAAUUGGAAAAGAAGUUAGAACAAAUCAUGCUAAAAUAAGGGAUCUUUUGUUAAAAAAAGAUUUGGAAGAGUCUUAUAUUGAUGGUUUUAGCCAGAAUCUUUGUGAUUUGGUGGCAUGCAUGGAAAACACAUCCAAAAACAUGUAG